AUGGCGGCCAAAACAGAUCCCUGGGCCAGAGUUUUUGACGUUUCCGAGACCAAAAGACACCCCAAGGGAUACACGAUCUACCAGGUCAAGUCAACGGUAUUCCUCAGAAGUAGCCCAGAAGCAUCAACAUCUGUCAUAGUGUGGCGUAGAUACUCAGAGUUCAGACGACUGCACAAGGCUAUAGCAGAGCUCCACCACAAACUCAGCCUCCCUGGUCAGCUCCCACCAUUCCCCAGGGCAACCAUUCUCAAUAGAUUCGAAGCAGACGUGGUAGAAACAAGAAGACAGGCAGCUCUGAAUCUCCUAAAGUUCAUUGGGCAGCACAACCCUCUCUUCACCUCUGAGGCCUUUACAAAGUUCUUCCAGAAUGAAGAAAGUAGUACACAUAAAUCACAAGUGGCCAUCAGUACAAGAAAGGAUUCCAAGGGAAGAUCAAAGGAGUCAGAGGCUUUGGCUACUACUCUUGGCAUACAAGGGUCCUCAUCCUUAUAUUCCCAGUUGAGUGAUGGAGAAGAUGACUUCAGUCUGUGCUCUAGCUUGGACUCUCCAUCAGUCACUACCUCUUUUCCCGAUGCUCCUGUGUUUCCUGUCUUUGAUGCUGCAACAGAUAGGCUAAAAGAAAGUGCUCCACAUAGCUCUCAGAGUGAGGCACCUAGCCCUACUGCCACAAAUGGUGUUGUUAAGAGAACGGACACAGAGGGAAGCAAAGCUAUUCAAAAUCACAAAAACGUAGUGCCAAAUAAACCAGCUGAGGAUAGCCCAAGAGGAAUUUCUGACCCUAGUUGGAAUGCAGCCAGUGGGGAGGACAGUGUCUUUAGCUUUCCUAGUAUGGGUAAGAGUGGAAUGGAACACAUACCUGGGCAGGGAGAACGACAUCCAUCUACCUCAUCUCUGUCAAGCAUAUCUUCACAGCCUUUCUGUGUGUAUGAGAAUCCAGUACACAAUUCCCCCAAGCAGCACCAGAAGCCCUAUCCAGAGCUAGAUGCACAGGAGGCCCAUUGUGAGUAUCCUGCAGAUAUAUAUCCUGCACCAAGAAAGGAAAUGGGCCACUCACUGCCACCUCUAGAUGUCACCAGAACUGUGAGCAAUGCCUCAAGAAAGAAUUCUGUACCUCUCACUCCACUCACACCACUAACCAAAACAGUGACUCCGGUUAUUCCAAAAGCCAAGAUUCCAAGCCCAGAAGAUGUUGCCAAAGCUCAGUAUAUAUUUGUUGCAGCAGAGCAGAUCUCACAGGCACAGCAGUAUGAACAGCAGAAAGACUAUAAACAGGCCCUCAAUAUGUACAAAGAAGGUGUUGGAACACUUCUUCAAGGAGUACAAGAAGAUGGAGAUGGAAACAGAAGGGAAGCUGUGAGAAGGAAAACAGCCCAGUACCUUCAGCGGGCAGAACAGCUGAUGGCCAGACUGACUCGGAAAGACAAGAAAAAGGGACGGGGACAAGAUCCUCCUGCAGAACUCAACAACAGUGGUGAAGCGGGUCUCAAAUGCCAGGCAACAGAAUUGUGGCGAUACAGAGUGGCUGGCUCAGCUGGAUCCAUUAUCAUUGCCACAGACACUACUAAUGGCGACACUGUGGCAAUCAAGGUUCUUGUGAAGAGUGGAGUUGGAAGUGGAAUGAAGACUGUUGUACCACAGAACAUUGCUUUUAUGGUGCCAAUUAUCCGAUACCAUGAGACUGAAGGUGCUAUAUACCUCGUGCUGAAGUUCAUCAGUGGUGGAAAAUUGUGGAGUCACAUAAGAAAUUACGUCAUGGAUGAAUACCCAAAAGUAAGCACAGCCUUUAAUACCACAAGCAGUGCAUAUACAGGCCGGCGCUUAUUGACUGAGACAUCUGAAUGCGAUGGUUAUGUCAGUGAAGCCCUAUCUUUGUGUGAAACUUCAUCUACAGCUUCCCAUGUACCCCCUGUACCCUCUCCAAACUUGUCCUGCAAUCAAGGAACACCGUCCACCAACAACUUCCUCACCGUCCCAGACUUCAAUUCUUUUGGUGGGAGCUCUGACUGCUCCGAAGCUUCCUCCUCAUGCCUUCCUGACAGCUACCUUCAGAUUUUCUCAGAAUACACCCAUAGCCUCCCGUCCUCUACGUCUAUGGUCAUCCCUCCAGUAGGACACACAACAAAUACCAUCCCACGCACGGUGCACAAGUCGAGUAGUGCCGGGGCUAUAGUGCAAGCUUCAGGAUAUGCAGGCGAUGUUGUAGCAGUGAGUGAGAGAGUUCUUGCCAACAACCAGGCAUUGAAAAGCAAGGAGCAGCAUUUACCCCACAGUCUGGAACAGAGGAAUAAAGUGGACGUCCCAAAUGGGGAGGACAACAGGAGCAUUGGAAGUGAUACCCUUUCAGGAGUGAGUGAAGAUUUUAGUUGCUCAAUAUCUGUGAAUGAUGUGAACCUCCAACCAGAUCCUUUGCCACUGCUGGAGGUAAAAGUGACUGAUGAUUACAAAGAAAGUAAUGAUGAUAUUCUCGAUGGAGGUGAAAAAUCUCAACAAGACGGCUAUUCAAGUAGCAUUAAUGGACGUUCUAGUAAUGAGGUUUUUGUGAGUUGCUCAGAUGGAACUGGUGUAGAACGAGACACUGAUGGAAGUGAACUGUAUAUGAGCCAGUCAAUAAAGAAUGGAGAUUUAUUACCAGUAGAUUCAGUGGUUGCAAAGUCAGCAGCAGCAUCAGACAACCAGUUGCAAGUGGAGGAGGAAAGGGAAGAUAUCAGUAUUACUGACACAUCUUUCAAUAGCAUAACACUCCCCUCAUUUUCCUGGACUAAGAGGGAAGAUUCUGAACUAGCAUCAUUGGAUAUUGAAGACCUUAUUAGAAACUCCAAACAGUUGCUGCAAAAUGUUGAUCAUACAUUGCAACAGAGCAAAAAUCAGAGUAUUGCAACAUUCAAUGAUUCUGAUGAUAGCACUUCCGUAGAACAUUCAGAGCUUCCAUUCGACAGCGUGAGUACAGGGUUAGAUCUGCCCCAAAAUGGCAAGAGUUGUGUCCCAAGGGGGGAAAUUGAGACCAAAAGUGUUGAGAAUAAUUCAUAUGCCACACCUGUACAAGACUCAGCACAGCUUCAAAGCCAAUCAGAACUCAGACCACAUAAAGUAGACAAAGGUAGUAAGUCAGAAGUUGGAGAAAGUUCUGUUAGUCUUAUGAUUGAAAAUGGAUGUGCAGCAAUUUGUGACAAAAAGAAUGCAAGUACUGUAGAUGAAGUUGAUAGAUCUGUGGACAAUGUGAAAUCUCAACCUACCCAAGUAUGUUCUGGACUUAGUAGUAAUAGCAUUAUUGUAAAGCAGUCGCUGGACAGUGGAAACAGUCAUUCUCAGUCAUGCCAAGAGGACAUAGGUCUAGACAGUACAAAGAGCCUGGAAGAAAAUUUAUUAACUAACAGCUCUGAUGUUCCUAAAGAGAGUUCACUGGCUGCACUCCUUGAAAAACACUCUGCAAAGCGAAGGGAUGACAACCACCCCAAAUUGCCAGAAGGAAUUGUGAAAGUGUGGUCUUCACAAGUGAUCACGGCAAUUGCAGCUUUACACCAGCUUGGUAUAAUAUGGGGAGACUUCAAUCCAGACAAUGUUCUACUAGAUGAAGGUGGGAGCAUUUUGGUGACUUAUGAGAGCAGAUGGUCCUCAGUAGAACAUGUAGUGCGAGGCAGUAAGAGCUGGAGCUACUACAACGACCACAAUGGUGGUGAUGUUGGUGCAGGGAGGUGGAGGGGUUACCUGGCACCGGAACUUGAAUCACCACUUGGACAUCCCGCAGCUGCAGCUGACUGGUGGUCUGUCGGAGCCCUUAUGUACCAUAUGCUGACAGGGCAGAGUGUAUCAGCUGCCCACCCUGCAGGGAUUACUUCUCACACAGAACUACUGAUACCAUCUCAUAUCUCUGCAGAGGCUGCUUCCCUACUCUCUCAGCUCCUGUGUGCUCACCCAACGGAGCGUCUGGGAGGAGGUGCUGCUGGGGCCCAAGAGAUAAAGGACCAUCCCUUUUUCACAGGCAUCCAGUGGACGUAGCAGAUCUGUGAUAUAGGGGAGUAGAGGUUACGAUAAGAAAGCGAAAGUGGUUUGUUAAGAUGCCAAAGAAGAGAAAAGAAUC